CCUGUUUGUUGUUGGAGAAAGGAGAGAAAGGAAAGCGCGAGGACCGUCGCCGCCUCCGCCACCGCGCCGCCGCGCCGGAGCCGAGGAUCCCCGGCCGUAGCCCCAGCGCGCCUUCCGCCGCCGGCUCCCGCGUCCUCGGACUCGUUCCAGCAGCCUGUUAAAACAUGGUGGAUUACUAUGAAGUUCUAGGCGUGCAGAGACACGCCUCGGCCGAGGAUAUUAAGAAGGCGUAUCGGAAACUGGCACUGAAGUGGCAUCCAGAUAAAAACCCCGAGAACAAGGAAGAAGCGGAGAGAAAAUUCAAGCAAGUAGCUGAGGCAUAUGAGGUGUUGUCAGACGCUAAAAAACGGGACAUCUAUGACAGAUACGGCAAAGAAGGAUUAAAUGGUGGCGGUGGAGGUGGAAGUCACUUCGACAGUCCGUUUGAGUUUGGCUUCACAUUCCGAAACCCAGAAGACGUCUUCAGGGAAUUUUUUGGUGGAAGGGACCCAUUUUCAUUCGACUUCUUCGACCCGUUUGAGGAGUUCUUCGGGAGUCGCAGGGGCCCCCGCGGAAGCCGGAGCCGAGGCACGGGCUCGUUCUUCUCUGCUUUCAGCGGCUUCCCCGCCUUUGGAGGGGCGUUUCCCUCCUUUGAUGCAGGGUACACUUCCUUCGGCUCGCUAGGCCACGGGGGCCUCACGGCGUUUUCCUCCUCCUCGGCCUUCGGCGGGAGCGGGAUGGGCAACUACAAGUCCAUAUCGACGUCGACGAAGGUGGUGAACGGCAGGAAGAUCACCACCAAGAGGAUUGUCGAGAAUGGUCAAGAAAGGGUGGAAGUUGAAGAAGACGGCCAGUUAAAGUCCUUGACGAUAAAUGGUGUGGCCGAUGAGGACGCCUUCGCGGAGGAGUGCCUGCGACGAGGCCAGAGCGCGCUGCCCGCCCAGCCCGCCAGCUCCAGCGCCCGCUCGCUGCGGCCGCCGCGGCCCGCGCCCCCGCCCCGGCCGGCGGCGCACGCCGCGGGGGAGGACGAGGACGCGCCGGGCGCCUUCUGCGCAGGAUUCAAAGAAGGCGGCAAGAGGAAGAAACCGAAGCACAGGGAGGAGUCGAAGAAGAAGAAGCCGACCAAGGGCCCCCUCUAGACUGCCCGGCGGAGCAGCCGUGUGCGCUCGCGUGCGGCCCGCC